AUGAGUGAAGGCCAGCGGUUUCAGCUGGGAACAAUUGGAGCAUUGUCUUUGUCUGUGGUUUCCUCGGUGUCCAUUGUGAUUUGUAACAAGGCACUUAUUAGUACUCUUGGUUUUACCUUUGCUACAACUUUGACAAGUUGGCAUCUUCUUGUCACGUUUUGUUCUCUUCAUGUGGCAUUAUGGAUGAAAUGGUUUGAGCACAAGCCGUUUGAUUCAAGAGCUGUCAUGGGCUUUGGGAUACUUAACGGGGCCUCAAUUGGACUUCUGAAUCUUAGCCUGGGUUUUAACUCUGUUGGUUUCUACCAGAUGACAAAACUGGCAAUCAUCCCCUGUACAGUUCUUUUGGAGACUAUUUUCUUCACAAAGAAAUUCAGUAGGAAUGUCCAGCUUUCGCUUGGCAUUCUUCUUUUGGGUGUUGGAAUUGCAACCGUAACUGAUCUGCAGCUCAAUGUCCUUGGCUCUGUAUUAUCUCUGCUUGCGGUUGUCACAACCUGUGUCGCCCAGAUUAUGACCAAUACCAUCCAGAAAAAGUUCAAAGUAUCUUCGACCCAACUCCUGUAUCAAUCUAGCCCCUAUCAGGCAAUGACUCUGUUCUUCACUGGCCCAUUUCUAGACUGGCUUUUGACGAAUCAGAAUGUUUUUGCUUUCAAAUACACCCCUCAAGUGCUGGCAUUCAUUGUUCUAUCCUGCCUAAUUUCAGUCUCUGUAAACUUCAGUACCUUCUUAGUAAUUGGAAAGACAUCUCCAGUCACCUAUCAAGUCCUAGGACAUCUGAAAACAUGCCUAGUUUUGGGCUUUGGCUAUGUGCUACUCCAUGACCCAUUUAGCUGGCGAAACAUUUUAGGGAUCUUGGUUGCUGUGGUUGGCAUGAUACUUUAUUCUUAUUGUUGCACUCUUGAGAGCCAGCAAAAGGCAAUUGAAGCAUUACCACAGUUGUCCCAGGCAAAGGAAAGUGAAUCUGAUCCCCUCAUAAGUGUCGAAAAUGGAUCUGGAAUCUUAAAUGACAGUGUUACAAAAGCCCCUGCGUGGAAUUCAAACAAGGACCUUCAAGCAUAA